AAGAGGGUUAGUACACCGACAUGCCAAGGGGCUAGAGAUAAUCCGAGGCAUAAGAAGAAAACUUCGACAAAGAGUAUCACGAAGGAUUGAGAUGCCAUUUCGUCACCUUCAUCUAUCGCAUGCAGGAGAUCAGCAUAAAUUAGGUACAUGAUAAAUAUGCAUUACAGUCUAGCGCAACUGGUCAUUCCAUUGCUUAGUAUGGAGACUUUUACAAUACUAGUUCUCAUCUUCGGUGGCUGCUGUACAAACGUGUAUACGUUGGAAACUAUCAUCCAGCACGGCACUGACAGUCGGCCUGCAUUAGCACUUACGUUCAUCCAAUUUGUAUUUGUGGCUGUAGAAGGAUUCGCCUACUUUUUCCGUUUUCACUCGAGAACGCUGCUUAAGCAACCCGAGGUCUCGCGCGUUAAAUGGUUAGGCUUCGCAGUCAUCCAUUUCAGCAUUUCCGUCUUGAAUAACAUAAGCCUGGAGUACCACGUCAGCGUGCCUAUGCAUAUCGUUCUGCGGAGCGGUGGUGGGCUUGUGACUCUUGUUGUUGGAACACUUUUUGGAAAAUCAUACUCGAAAACAAAGUGGAUGUCGGUAAUGUUGAUGACGCUAGGUGUUGUUAUUGCAGCUCUAAGUGGAACAAAAGAUUCGAAGGACGGAGAUCACAUAUCUGGGACUAUGUCAUUUGGCGUUUUUCUACUGCUCAUCAUACAGAUUCUGGUAGCUAUCAUGGGCAUCUUACUGGAAAAUAUAUAUAAGCGCUCCCCUGGGAUAUGGCGCGAAGGCCUUUUCUACACGCAUCUCCUUGCUAUUCCAUUCUUUCUACCUCUACUUCCCAAAAUCACCAUGCAACUUAUGGUCCUUGCCUCUGGAACUCAGCUGGAAAUGAUGGUUCCGCGCAUAUCUUAUCAAGCCUGGGACUUGCCCAUGAAGUUUGUCCUGUUGGUUUUGAAUGCAUUUACGCAAUUCUUAUGCGUCACGGGCGUCAAUUUACUCACAUCGGUCUCGUCCGCACUUUCGGUGUGCAUAGUUCUCAGCAUGAGGAAGUUUGUAAGUCUACUGAUCAGCGUAUGGGUUUUCAAGACCCCAGUUCAUGCAGACUUCGUAUUCGGCACGGCUAUUGUAUUCGGGGGUGUUAUAAUGUAUGCCACAGAUAAUUGGAAAAGGAAAACCUGA